CGAAUUUUAUUUUCAUUUUCUCAUCAUCAUAAUGGCCCCCAAGACUGAUAAGCCCGUUGUUGCCGGAAAGGCCCCUGCCAAGGUUGUUGAGAAGAAGGUCAAGGCCGAUGGAAAGAAGAAGAGAGUUACCCGCAAGGAGACCUACUCCUCCUACGUCUACAAGGUCCUCAAGCAGGUCCACCCCGAUACCGGUAUCUCCAACAAGGCCAUGUCCAUCUUGAACUCCUUUGUCAACGAUAUCUUUGAGCGCAUUGCCACCGAAGCUUCCAAGUUGGCCUCCUACAACAAGCGUUCUACCAUCUCCUCCCGCGAGAUCCAGACCGCCGUCCGUCUUAUCCUCCCCGGAGAGUUGGCCAAGCACGCCGUCUCUGAGGGUACCAAGGCCGUCACCAAGUACACCUCUUCCAAGUAAAGAAAGAAUGAAACAAUAUCAAGACGCACAACAACCCAAAAACCCAAAAAACAAAUCAAAAAGCGCAAAAAAUCAAUAUCACGAAAAAUAAAAACGCAUCCAAUUAAAAUAUCACGAAAACAAUCCAACCCAACCAGUCCAACCAGUCCAAUCCAAUCCAAUCCCAAAAAGAAAGAAAGAAAGAAGAAAAAAAGUCAAACAAAUUGAAAAAAAGGCAGGAAUAUACAUACAUUAACGAUAACGAUAAUUAUAAUAAUCAUAAUAAUAAUCAUAAUAAUAUCAAUGUCAAUACAUUAAUAAUACAUAAUACAUAAUAAUAAUUCAAAAAACCUUGCAAAAAACCCAAAUCAAUUAUCAACGUUAACGAUGAAGAUGACGGCGAAAACAACAAUUGAUGUAUACAAAAGGAGUACUAUAUUGUCUUUAUAUUUAUUUCACUUUUGUAUAAUGUACAUAGCUAUAGAUAUAUAAUAUAUCAAGCAAGCAAGAAAAUGAAAAAUAAAAUAGAAAUGCCAAAUUUGGCUAUUUAAAUAAAUGUGUUCACUUGAAGUCAAAU